UGAGCCGUACAUUAGAAGGAAGAAGAAGAUAAAGAGGAGAGAAGUUUUAAUGAAUUCUUUUUAUAUAACUCUUCUUGUAACGGUUGUGGAUUAUCUGUCAUGAGGCUUUAAGGAGAUGUUCAUGUUGACUUCAACAAGAGCAGACAACUAUGAGCGCUCGGAUUUCAAGUGUUGUCUGGAAUGAUCUGUGGCUGUGAUAAGUUGUGGUGGCCUCAUCAGUAGCUGUCACCACGGCGGGGGACCUUCGAACCUCCGUCUGCAGGGUGAUCAUCUUCCUCCAAAAGGACAUGUCUGGAGACAGCUGCCUGCCCCAGCAUCACGCCCAGUCCGACUCCACCUCCCCAACCACUUCUCUGGUCUCCCCCAAAACCAAAACUUGCAGUUAUCGAGGAGCAGUUGGCCUGGGCAACAAGUAUGUCCGGAUUAAUGUUGGUGGGACCCUGUUUUACACCACACUACAAAUACUGACAAGGCAGGACUCCAUUCUGAAAGCUAUGUUCAGUGGAAAGAAGGAAGUGUUCACUGAUAAAGAGGGUUGGAUCCUGAUCGACCGCAGUGGGAAACACUUUGGCAGCAUCCUGUCCUACCUACGUGACGGCACAGUCUCCUUACCCAAGGGCUGUCAUGCUGUCAAGGAGCUGCUCUCUGAGGCAAAGUAUUAUCUCAUUGAGGGUCUGGUGGAGCUCUGUCAAAACACCCUGCAGGGCAAUAAAGAGCAGCCGCUGUGUGUUAUACCUGUGCUGACCUCCAGGAAGGAAGAAGAAAAGCUAAUCCAGACAUCAACCAAGCCAGUGGUGAAGUUGUUGUACAACAGAAGCAACAACAAGUACUCUUACACCAGUAACUCGGACGACAACCUACUGAAGAACAUUGAGCUGUUCGACAGGCUGUCGCUCAGCUUCAAUGGCCGCGUCCUCUUCAUCAAAGACGUGAUCGGAGAUGAGAUCUGCUGCUGGUCAUUUUAUGGUCAGAGACGCAAACUGGCUGAAGUGUGCUGCACCUCCAUAGUCUACGCCACAGAGAAGAAGCAGACCAAGGUGGAGUUUCCUGAAGCUCGCAUCUACGAGGAGACUCUCAACGCGCUGCUGUACGAGACGAUGCCGCUGCCCGACAACACCCUGCUGGAGGCCACUCGUCGGAGCUACAACGCCUGUGGCUCUCUCAGUGAGGAGGAGGAGGGACCCGGAGGAGCCGAGCACCGCGUCCGUCGAAUCCACGUCAAGAGGUAUAGCACAUACGAUGACCGGCAACUGGGACACUGAGACUGAAACCCCAAAGCAUUGGGCUAAAUUCAGCUUUUCAUAUUGACGAACAUUCAAGUGCCGAUGCUCAUGUAUUUACCACUGCUAUCCAAAAGAAUUUCAAAAUAUGGCAAUUUAUUAAAGAGUUAUUACUAUUGAAGGAAUCACAGCAGAUACCUUUUCCACUUUACGUGUACUUCAUUAGUGUUGAACAAAGUAAUAUUGUUCAUAAUCAUAGCACUUAGCAUCUGCAUCUCCUGCAGCACAUGUUUCACAUGAUUGUAUUUCCUUUUUUUUUUAUGACACAUUUACAUUUACAACAGGCUUUUGUUUGCCAAACGAAACCGUUUUAAGUUUUACCAGAAUUGCCUCCAACAUGCUUGAAUGCAUGUUACCAUUAUGCCUUGUUUCUAUUUGUGAAGAUGAAAUUUGUGAUAUUUCAAAUAUUGUUUGACUUAUGUGAAUUUUCAGUAGACAGGAAGCUGCAAUAAUAGGAAAUUAAACCAGCAAUAUUCGUGUUCCACUUUAUACUAGGGCUGCACCUCGUGAGCAUUGUCAUUACCGAUUAUGUUCAUUCAUGUUCAUUUAUUUGGCCAAGAAAAUUAUGGAAAAUGUUGACCAACUAAAAAUGACAAUGUUUUUUUUAAAGACGCUCGUAUCACAGCACUUUUCGUAAAAGAAACGACAACAAAAGGUAAAACCGGUUAAUAAAUGAUCAGAGUAUUAUUGAUGGUUGCUAAUUGAUGAAUUGUUGCAGCCCUACAUUACAGUGUAACAAAAUAUCUGCUCACUGUGACUGUUCUGUGCUGUUCCUCUGCUGACCUCCACGCAGGCCUGCCCUGCAGCCGUCUGUCUAAAUAUUCACCAGAUUAACCAGGUGAACCAGUCUCAUUUAGCACCACUGGCCAACAACAGGAACCAGAGCCAAGUUAGCAUCAAUAGGAUAAUUCUGUCUGGAGGAAAUCAUCAGGAAUAAAAAUAAAUAACCUUUAUUCCGUUAAGAGCAACGCACCUCAGAAUAGGACUGUCAGUAUGCACUCAGU